ACUGUGAUGUUGGGCGUGUCCAUGCAGAGUAAACGUUGUGGUUUUUUGACAGGGCGACACAUUAAAAAGCUUCAGGCGGAUUUUAGCCACGCCUAACAAAUACCCCAUACUGUUUUAUUGGUAUUUGGCAACGUGUUUCACUGUUGUAGCGUGCCUGUUCACAGUCAGACAUGGCUGCCCAAUGUGUGACCAAAGUGGAGUUGACAGUUUCCUGUGAUAAUCUCCUGGACAAAGACAUUGGAUCCAAAUCAGAUCCUCUGUGCGUGCUAUUAAUGAGCACCUCGGAUUCACAGUGGUAUGAGUUGGCGCGCACAGAAAAAGUCCAGAAUUGCCUCUGCCCAAAGUUUGCCAAAAAGUUUGUCAUCGACUACUACUUUGAGAUGGUGCAGAAAUUGAAAUUUGGGAUUUAUGACAUCGACAAUAAGACCAUUGAUCUCAGCGAUGAUGAUUUCCUAGGAGAACUGGAGUGUACCUUGGGCCAGGUUGUGUCCAGUAGAAAACUGACCAGGCCUCUGGUCCUGAAGAACAAGUCACCUGCAGGAAAAGGGACCAUCACAAUCAAUGCUGAAGAAAUUAAAGAUAACAGGGUGGUAAAUUUUGAGGUGGAGGCAAGAAAACUGGAUAAUAAGGAUUUCUUUGGAAAGUCUGACCCGUAUCUGGAAUUCUACAAGCAAACAGAAACUGGAUGGCAACUGGCUCACAGGACAGAGGUGGUAAAGAAUAACCUAAAUCCAACAUGGAGACCAUUCCGAAUCCCCCUGCAGUCUCUCUGUGGAGGAGACAUGGAGAAACCAAUUAAAAUUGAGUGCUUUGAUUAUGACAGUGAUGGCUCACACGAUCUUAUCGGGACUUUCGAGACCACGAUGAAACGCCUUCAAGAAGCAUCGCGCACUUCUCCGGCGGAAUUUGAGUGCAUCAACAGUAAAAAGAAACAAAAAAAGAAAGGCUACAAGAAUUCCGGUGUUGUGAGUGUGAAGCAUUGUCAGGUGGUCAAAGAGUAUACAUUCCUGGAUUAUAUUAUGGGGGGUUGUCAACUCAACUUCACUGUAGCAAUAGACUUCACUGGUUCCAACGGGGAUCCAAGGUCACCUCAGUCUCUGCAUUACAUCAGUCCACAGGGAGUGAAUGAGUACCUCUCUGCUAUUUGGUCUGUGGGCAACGUCAUCCAGGACUAUGAUAGUGACAAGAUGUUUCCAGCCUUUGGCUUUGGUGCACAGGUCCCUCCAACAUGGCAGGUCUCCCAUGAGUUCCCGCUUAAUUUUAACCCAGCAAAUCCAUACUGUGCAGGUGUUCAAGGGAUAGUGGAGGCCUACAGGGUUUGCCUCCCCCAGGUCAAACUUUAUGGUCCCACAAAUUUCUCACCAAUCAUCAACCAUGUAGCGUGCUUUGCAAAGCAAGCUCUUCAGCAGAACACUGCAUCACAAUACUUCGUGCUACUCAUCAUCACAGACGGAGUGAUCACGGACAUGGAUCACACACGUGACGCCAUUGUCAAUGCCUCACGUUUGCCAAUGUCCAUCAUCAUUGUGGGAGUGGGCGCGGCAGACUUCGCUGCUAUGGAGUUUUUGGACGGAGACGACGGGCGUCUUCGCUCUCUGGCUGGAGAGCCCGCCAUGCGAGACAUUGUGCAGUUUGUACCAUUCAGGCAGUUCCAAAAUGCACCCAGCCACGCUCUUUCACAAAGCGUAUUGGCAGAGUUACCUCAACAAGUGGCAUCCUUCUUUGGGCUAUUCAAACUGAAGCCUCCCCAUGAACCCAGUUCUUCCUAGGGGUUCCCCAUAUAUUUGGCCCCAAAGGAAGCCCUUGCAAAGAGCGUGUUGGCUGAAGUUCCAGGUCAGCUUGUGGAGUUUUGCAAUACCAUGAAGCUGAGCCCACCCAACACCAAUCCUGUUGCAAAGCCUGCAAAAGCCAUGUGAUGUUGCUCCACAAAUCAACUGGAUCAUACAUCACAGAAAUAACUUCUUUCUACUUGACCCCUUUUGCUGAAAGCCAGAAAUGAACACACAAAGCACUCCACAUUUUUGACCAAUCGCACUCUUUAUAAAGCAGUUUUCUCUAAACUGUACAAAAAUUAAGUUUACCACAAUGUCACCUUUAUGUCCAUGUAGGCUCAUUUAUGUUAUUGUACACUGUUGCUUUGUUUUAUCUGUAUCACAUUUUUUUAAUUAUAUAAUUUUACUUAGGAAAAAUUAGUCUUGUGCUUCACUUGUACCAUGAAAAGUUAAUGGAUUGAAUAAGGUACAAGCAAAUUUGUGGACUUUCGUUUACAUCCUUACGAUGUCAAUACACCAAGACAAUAGUGCUGCAUAAAUGUAAGCCAUUAUUUUGCUUUUACGAAGUCAUUUUGUUCACUGAAAUGCCAAAACCCUUCAUUUACCAUAUAGUAUGAUAUAUUUCUUGAAGCAAUUAUUUGAAAUGUACAAAUGCCAUCAUUGUUUAUUUUGCUUUCCCGAUGUGCCUGUCAUGUACUGUAGCUAAUGCAAAAGAAAACCAAGGCCAACAUAUAGUAUAUUAUUGCUAAUAGAGUAAACAUAAUUUGCAUCAGUGUUAACAAACAGUAGAGACAUGUUUAAAUCUCGAAUAAAAGAAAUUCUACUGCUUUCUAUAUUUGGUGGUGAUCUGUAUGUGCAUGCAAGUAUAAAAUACAAUCCAUCUAUUCAGUUUCACGAUCAGUUAUCUCAACUAGUAUUGUGGGUUUGAUGUUCUUACACCUGCCAGCCAAUCAAAAGGCAGAGAUACACAACCAUUCAUGUUUU